UGCCCGGAAGCGUUUCCUUACGCAACGGUCAGCUCCAAAACCCAUCCCCCAGGGGUUCAGGACUGACUAGUUCCUGAGGCAAUCUUGACCACCGCAAAGCAGAUGAGGAGCAGAGCCUGAUGCAAUGUGAUGGCCAUCCGCCUAGAAGCCCGAGGAUUCAGAGAAGCAGGGGAAAUUGACCCAGACAGACGUCGGGACUAUGGCAGACUUUUCUAAGGAGACCUUCGAGUCCUUUACUGAUGAGGCACAGAGUUCCAGUUCAUUCAGUUCCUCUGGAGGACUGCAGCCCUGGUCCUGUGCCUCUGGGAGUAAAUACGAGAGUGGAACGCCGACUCCACGCUUGCAAUAUGGAGACAACCAAUCUGAGUUUUCACACUUCAAAAAUAAUGAAAAGAAGUUGAGCAGAAAAUGGAUCAACAACCUCAAGGGCAAGGAAAUGAACUCUGGACAGUACCAACCAGACACUAAACUUGAAACAGAAAUCACUCAGGCAUCCCUUGAAGAAUUGAAUGCCCUGCAGUCUUUCUGCACCGUUAAGAUAAACCUGAUCCAUCAUAGUGCGACCUCUAAAGGGAAAAAUAGCAGCGGACAUAAAAAGCUGCAGCUUGGAUCGGAUGCAGAGGCUCCAGAGGUAGAUGCCUUAAACUGUACUGUCCCCGAUGAGCUUCUGAACAGAAUCUAUUUUAAAAACAUGAGGACAACACCCAACGAGGUGGUAACAGCUAAGCAACACAUUUCUUCUCGGUGUCCCAACUGUAACAGGAAAAGAGCAGAACUGGCCCAAUCUGCCUUCCUGAAACAGAAGAAGACUUUACUGGAGUCACUUCUACUCCAAGAGAAAAUAGAUGAAGAUCUUCAUAUGAAAGACUUUCUUACCCUUAUUGGAGAAAUACAUCAGAGCCUUCCCAGGCUUUCCGAUGACCCCAGAAUAAUCUGGGAAAGACUGAAGGAGAAAAGUCAAAUUGGUUACUCUGGUUUUGAAAGGAGCAGAGCAUUUGGCCUGACCGUUAGCACGACCGUUAUCGCGAGACCCUGAGCCAACAGUCAGCUCGCAGUAGUGCUCGCGGCAGAGAGUGUGGUGAGAGGUGAGAGGCGGUUGCAGGGCCUGGGACAGGCUGAGGGCCGGGUCCUGCAGAGCCCCAGAGCCCUCACCGCAGCCGCCCGCUAGCCAGGCCCAGACCUUGAAGCAGCGAAGCAGCAGCGAACCCCUCCCCCAUCCCAACGUCUGCAACCUAAUGGCGGCGGGCGGUCUUCAUGGGUCGCAGUCCGUGGAGGCCUCAGCAACUGGAGUAUAUGGACACUGCCGUUGAGGUAACAGCUUCAACCUGCUUCAGUCUCUCCAUUCAAGUUUCAAAAGUUGGUGCAGCUUAGAUCAGUUGUCUCCUCCUAGGAGGUGGCCAGAGGCCAGGGUUAAGUUGCACGGACUUUGCAGGUCAUUAGUUCAGGUCCACCUCUGUGGUUGGGCUCUUCUCAAAGAAGGGCAAUUGCUGUGAGCUGGGGAUUCCCCUGAUGGGCAUUUGCUACAACACGUAUUCCUGUAGAUCGUAUACAAAGGAUUCUCUCCAGGUUAAAUGAAAAGCCUGAGGGCCGGCUUGGGUCCGGGCCGGCUGGGUCCUGGCCGCCUGGCUCCCUCAUUGAUGAUGGCUGGGCAGAGUCUGGGGACCUGGCCCUGAGGGCGCUGCCAGCUGAGAUCUGCCCCCUCACCCAGGCCUGGGCGCUGGCGGGAGGACUCAGACUGGGUGCUGGAUGAAAGCUCCUGGGCAGGGUAACUGGCCCGCGCAGGGACCCCCUCCUGUAAGCCAGGGCCUGGACCUCGGAGGGUGAAAGUUGAGCCUUGGGACCUUGCCCUUUCUUGUCAGAACAGAGAAUAACAUUUGUUUCGAUGGAGGUUUAUAAGAACACAGUGACCUGGCCUCAAGAACAAAGGAUCUAACACCAAGAAGUUUGUAACAACUAACCAUGCCCCUCCCUAUAAAAGGGCUAUAAAAGGGCUUUGCUGAAAGCUUUCCAGGUGUCCAGGGUUUUUAAGGCACGAGCCACCAGUCUCCUUGCAUGGCCCUGCAAUAAACCUUUCUCGGCUCCAAACUCCGACGUUUUGGUAUUGUUUGGCCGCAGUGUGUGCUGGGCACUCGGACUUGCGUUCGAUAGUAUUUCUACAGGUACUCUGGAAACUUAAGAGUUUACUGUGCUUCCUUCACAGAUUUGAGGACUAAAGACUUUCCACCCAGUAUUUUUUCAGAUUCUAGAGGGCAACAUUUUAUAGUUGGAAUAGUUACAAAGUUUUUAUAACAAUGCAGGAGACAGAUGCUGGCAAUUUGGACUAGGGUUUUGACAGUACAGAUAGAAAUAGAGAUCUAAGAAGUACUUAGGAGGUAAUAAUUGACAUUCUUUGGUGAAGAAAUGGAUAUGGAGGGUUAAUAAAAGGUAAAUGUUAAGAAUGGGCUUCCCUGGUGGCGCAGUGGUUGAGAGUCCGCCUGCCGAUGCAGGGGACACGGGUUCGUGCCCUGGUCCAGGAAGAUCCCACAUGUCUCAGAGCGG